GCUCGGCCCGGCUCGGCCUGGGGCCAGGCCCCCCGGGGGCCGGGUGAGGCGGGUCGCCGGCUUAGCGGGCUGGUGCCGAAGCAGGGCUCUGCGUGCUGGCUUUCCCCGCUUCCCCUCGCGGCUUUCCUCCGUGGGAAAUUGCCCAAAUUAAGCAGCGGAGGGUGGAAACGAGAGCGCUCGCUGUUGUGCCGCGGCUGACCUUUGGUUUAGGGAGCUUGUUUUCCCUCCCCGGUGUGUGACUUGCUCACGGUCUCAGGGAUAAGUUAUCUUCCUCUCUUGGACUUCACUCUGCUUAACAGUUAGGGUUAUGUAGUUAUUUAGGCUGACUGUACUAGGGUCUUAUGAUUCUCCGUAACAGCCGUUACCUGCCAGAUAAAAAUUCUGACGCCACCCGAUCCAUGAGCGGGCAUCGAAACCUCAAGAGGCGAUGUGGGGAGUCGCAUCUGGAAUCCCCCGCGGGCUGUGGGCACGGUCCUGCCGCUGGCUGCGUGUUAAGCAAACUAGUUCAGCUGCCUACACCUCCCCUGUCAAAGCACCAGCUAAAACGGUUAGAAGAACACAAAUACCAGAGCGCUGGACGGUCGCUGCUUGAACCCCUAAUGCAAGGUUACUGGGAAUGGUUAGUUGGAAGAGUUCCAGCCUGGAUUGCCCCGAAUCUGAUCACCAUCAUUGGACUGUUAAUAAAUAUCUUUACAACUCUGCUAUUAGUAUAUUACUGCCCAACAGCUACAGAGCAGGCACCUCCCUGGGCAUACAUUGCCUGUGCGUGUGGCCUUUUCAUUUACCAGUCUCUGGAUGCUAUAGAUGGGAAACAAGCAAGAAGGACAAAUAGCAGUACCCCGUUAGGAGAGCUUUUUGAUCAUGGCUGUGAUUCGCUUUCCACAGUCUUUGUGGUUUUGGGAACUUGUAUUGCUGUGCAGCUGGGAACGAACCCUGACUGGAUGUUCUUUUGUUGUUUUGCUGGAACGUUCAUGUUUUACUGCGCGCACUGGCAGACGUACGUCUCUGGAACGUUGCGUUUUGGCAUAAUUGAUGUGACUGAAGUGCAAAUCUUCAUAAUAAUCAUGCAUUUACUGGCAGUGAUUGGAGGACCGCCUUUUUGGCAAUCUCUGAUUCCGAUACUGAAUAUUCAGGUGAAAAUAUUCCCGGCUCUCUGUACUGUCGCAGGAACCUUCUUCUCCUGUACAAACUACUUUGGUGUAAUCUUCACAGGUGGAGUUGGCAAAAAUGGAUCCACUAUAGCAGGAACGAGUGUCCUUUCACCUUUUCUUCAUAUCGGGUCAGUAAUCGCACUAGCUGCAAUGAUCUACAAGAAAUCGGCUGUGCAGCUCUUUGAAAGGCACCCCUGCUUAUAUAUACUUACUUUUGGUUUUGUAUCUGCUAAGAUAACAAACAAACUAGUGGUUGCACACAUGACCAAAAGUGAAAUGUAUCUGCAGGACACAGCUUUCAUAGGCCCAGCACUAUUGUUUCUGGACCAGUAUUUUAACAGCUUUAUUGAUGAGUAUAUUGUACUCUGGAUUGCCUUGAUCUUUUCUCUCUUUGAUUUGCUUCGAUACUGCGUCAGUGUUUGCAAUCAGAUUGCUGCCCAUCUGCACAUCCACGUAUUCCGAAUCAAGUCCUCCUCAAUGCAUUCUAAUCACCAUUAAUAAAUGGGGAGUCACCAUAAAGAAAAACAAGAAGAGUUGGUUUUCUACAUGAACAGAAGUCAAGAUGUGUAGGAGACUAAGGCAAAAAGAGGAUAAGAACAAAAUAAUUUAUAAUAAUCAAUGUUGUAUAACUUCUAUUCUUUGUUAUCAGUAACACUCCUUAACUAGUCUCCUGCCUGAGAGAGUGAAUUCCAAGUACACCCUAGUCAAGUCUACAUGUAGUCAACUCUGUUGGUUCCAAGCCCAGGAAAGCAUGCAGGGAGUAAUGUUCUCUUUGUAAUUACCUUGAUUACAAAAUAAUCUAUAUAUGGUGAAUGGAUCCCCAACAACUGAAGUUUCUAAUGUAGUAUAAUUACAGCUGCAAUAUGACUUGCUUUUAAUUUUAAUAUUUCAUCAUCUCUUAGUGAAAUACUUGUUUAGUGUCCACUUGAAAUUCAUUUACUAAAGACCUGAGCUGGUAACAACAGAUAUCGCACUAGCUUGUGUAGCUGAAGCAGCUGUCAAGGUUUGAGUCCAGGUUGAUGUGGUUCAUUUGCUUAAGAAUUGCUGAUGGAAGCAGUUUCUUGCUGAAGAUUAUGUUGAACAGGGUUCUGCAAGUGGAAGGGAUGACCGGCAUGCAAAAUAGUGUGGUAUCUUUGUCAAUUAAUUUUAUUUUUUUAAAUAAACGUUAUCUAAAAGACAACUUAUUUCUCAAUUUUCUUCAGUGGAAAGACUUUAAAAAGAAGAUUUUACUGUUUACUUUUUUAUGUAUAAAACUUAAGCAAAAUUUCCUUUCUGCUCUUAAUAAAUAAGAAUUCUGAGAGCAA